AUACUUACAAGGAUGUUUUCUUGCGCACACCGACAUGGCAACUCUUCUAAAAUUUGCUGCUAAAGUUGCACCUUUUGCAGCUAAUAGACACGUAUGUGCAUCAACUGUCAGAAUGGCAUCGUACUUGAUUCAAGAUCCAAAGUACUCCUGGUUGAAAGAACUCGGAUUGGGCGUUGAAAACAAAGGUGUCUAUUGCGGGGAAUGGUUUGGGAGUGGAGAGGAGGUAAUAUCGUACUCUCCAACCACCAAUCAGCCAAUUGCCAAAGUCACACAGGGUAACUCUAAAGAUUAUGAGCGUGCUGUGAAAGCAGCCAAAGAAGCCUGGCAAACCUGGGCAGAUAUUCCUGCACCUCAGAGAGGAGACAUUGUGCGCCAGAUAGGGGAUGCUUUGAGGGCUAAAAUUGAUCUGCUUGGGAAAAUAACGUCAUUAGAAGUUGGAAAGAUCCUGCCUGAAGGUAUUGGAGAGGUACAGGAAUACGUCGAUAUUUGUGACUAUGCUGUGGGACUGUCAAGGAUGUUCUCAGGACACGUGUUUCCAUCAGAAAGGAAGGGUCAUGCGCUGCUGGAGCAGUGGAACCCCCUGGGGUUGGUGGGGGUGAUCACAGCCUUCAACUUCCCUGUGGCUGUGUACGGCUGGAACAGCGCUAUAGCCAUGGUCUGCGGCAACUGUCUCCUGUGGAAAGGUGCUCCCACCACCCCUCUAACAAGUGUGGCUGUUACAAAAGUGAUACAAUCUGUGCUGGAGAAGAACAAACUUCCGGGAGCCAUUUGCUCAUUGGUGUGUGGAGGAGCAGAUAUUGGCACUCUGAUUGCUAAGGAUGAAAGACUACCACUGGUUUCCUUUACUGGAAGUACUCAGAUUGGCCACAAAGUAUCGAUGAUGGUUCAAGAACGAUUUGGCAAGUUUCUGUUGGAGUUGGGUGGUAACAAUGCAAUCAUAGUGAACAGUGAUGCAGACCUGGACAUGGUGGUGAGAGCCUCUGUGUUUGCCUGUGCGGGCACGGCUGGGCAGAGGUGCACCACUACCAGAAGACUGAUCCUCCAUGAGACAGUCCAUGAUGAGGUGAUCAAGCGACUGGUGAGGGCAUAUGGACAGCUGAGAAUUGGAGACCCAUGUGAACCCGGUACCCUGUAUGGCCCACUCCACACCAAACAAGGCGUAGAGAACUACAAGAAGGCGCUAGACGAAGCGGUCAAGCAAGGAGGCAAGAUAGAGUGUGGAGGCAAGGUAAAACUGCCAGGGUUAGAGUGUGGAGGCAAGGUCAUAGAAGGACCUGGGAACUUUGUGGAGCCAACCAUAAUCUCAGGCCUGUCACAUGAUGCCACGAUUGUUCACACUGAGACCUUUGUGCCAAUUGUAUACAUCUUGAAGUUCCAGACUUUGGAUGAAGCUAUUGCCUGGAACAAUGAGGUGAAACAGGGCCUUUCCAGCAGUAUCUUCACCAAGGACAUUGGCACCAUCUUCAGAUGGAUGGGACCCAAGGGAUCUGACUGUGGCAUUAUAAAUGUGAACAUUCCAACCAAUGGAGCUGAAAUAGGUGGAGCGUUUGGUGGUGAGAAGCACACAGGUGGUGGCCGGGAGUCUGGUAGUGAUUCUUGGAAACAGUACAUGCGUCGCUCAACAUGUACCAUCAACUAUAGCAAGGAGCUGCCUUUGGCCCAAGGAAUCAAGUUUGAAUGAGUGGUCUUGAAAGCAAGAAAGUUGCAUAAAAUCUGUGAUGUACAAAGGGUUAUGACUCUCAAUUUUACAUAUGAAAUAUGUACACUUACAAUGUUUAAUGUUUUUAUUUUCAACUUUUUUAUGUAUUUGUGUUUAAGGAGUGGAUUCAUUUCACAUUGAAUCAGUAUUAAGCAUGUUGAUGUUAAACUGAUUUAGACAAGGAUUUUCACCCCAUUGUUUAAGACUAGUGUUAAGAAAAUGUCAUUAGUGCGUACUAAAGCAUUGAACUAUUUAAAUACUCAUUAAGACCAUAUAGUGGUUGUUGUUUUUGUGCUUAAGCAGUGUAUUAUUCUUUGAUAAUUAUGUACUUAAUGAAUAUGGAGUAGGUUUAUUUUUUCCUCAAUAUGUUACCCAGCUGGUGUUAUCAAUUUGAAUAUUUGCCUAAUUUGAAUCAUUGAUAUACUUUGUGUUAUAAAUUGUGGUGCUUAUCUUAAUGACUUCUAAGUUACUUUGAUCAUUGUUUUCGUGUUUAUAACCUUUGAAAACUGGUGUUUGUGAAUAUUGACAUCCUAACUGUUUGUUUGCUAUGAUGUGAUACUAUUUGAAGUGCUUUUUGAUCUGACAAAAAAUGUGCAUAAUUACUUGUGCGUUUUACUUGUAAAUAAAUGAACCAAUAUU